AUGUCCACCAGGAAGGAGGAAGAGAUGGGCCAAACCAAGACAUCCUCGACAUCGGCCAGUGCCAGCGUCGGACAUGCAAACGAACAAGCCAUGCUCACCAAACGGCAUGUUAUCGACGACGAGAUUGAGUUUAUCUCGUCCAAUCCUGUCAAAAAAAUGAGGCUGACAGAGCAAAAACAUGACCAAGCCCCCCAAGAACCCACGAAACCCCCUCUGCUCAAUCCUCCGCCUCCGCCUCCGCCUCCGCCUCCGCCUUCACCCUCUCCAGCUCUGGUCCCGCUUCCGCCUCCGGCCCCUUCUCAGCCUCCUAGCUGCCCUCCGCCUCUUCCUCAAGCUACUCUUGUCGCAAACCCAACAACACCCGCUCCAACUCAGACUCUCGACCGCCGCCGCAGCAUGUGUGACGCCAACCAAGUCAAAGCUCCAGGGCCUGAUUCAACGCUCGAGACCCGGGGCAACUCACUCCCUGUCUUCAAGAAGUUUUUCUUUUCGCAGUCACCUGCUCCGGCACAAACCCGCCCACCUCGGCAUUCAGAGGCAAUCUCCCCCAAGCAACUUCCACAAACCUACCGGGCACCCCCUGAUGCUGAUGCGAACACCGCCCACUCAACUUUGCAAACUCCAAGCCCCUCCUCAACGAACUCGGUUACGUUGGAUCAGAUCUCAUGCCUCGACUUCAACGGCACACCAACGAACAGUCCCGGGUUCGACGUGAGCCAAGUCUUCUCCGCAGAUGGCGGCAUUAUGGGCAGCGUUGGAUUUGGCAACGCAGUCAGCCAGACGCAUGCACCAGCUCCUAUCAACCCAACGAACACGCAAAAUCUUGUCCCGCCCAUGACACACUUGUCAAGCGAAGACAGUCUUGCAUUGCCUAUGGCAACACUGCAGAAACAACAUACCACAAAGCGCCACCUCCCCUCCAGGCACGAAAGCACAGUCGCUAGGCAACCUUCUCCCAUGCCGGCGACUAAAAACACAGUCAAACCGCCCUGUCUACACUGCGCUCGAAUCCGAUUCAUCCAGAACUCAACCAACCAUCAGCUCAACUUCAAUCCCCCUCUUGGCCUAGUCCACAACCACAACAACAACAACGGCGCAAUCCCACACCCAGCGGCUCCCACUCACCCAGCACCAACCUCCCAUCCAACACCGUCACCGCACCCAGCUAACCACCCGAGACGACACCACCAGCAGCAGCGCCACCAGCAGCACGACCAUCACCUCCAAUCAUCAACAACCCAAUCCCCGUCUUUACUUCACACACUCCCGAACAAGAACACACCCAGCGGCGGUCCGAACCCCCUCCUACAGGACAUGGCCCAGGCCAUCCAGGCUUCCUUCCCCUACACUCAGGUGGCGGCGCGACAGGGCAUGGCUCCAGAGACAGUGGCUGAGGUGCUCUCGAGUUUGGUGGUUGUGCCGCUGCUUUUGCGGAGUGGUGGCGGUCAUGGUGGUGGUGGCGGGAGGUUUUCGGGACUUCCUCCGAGGUCCUCCUAG